GGAAGUUGUUGCACAGUCGUUUCCGGAGCGGUGUAAGGAGGAGCGGGCCUGCAAAUGGGCCGCAGUCGCAGCCGCUCCCCACGGAGGGAACGUAGGCGGUCCCGGUCUACAUCCCGGGAGAGAGAUCGCAGGCGCCGAGAGAGGUCCCGGUCCCGGGAAAGAGAUCGGAGAAGGAGCCGCUCACGAUCCCCACACCGAAGACGCUCCAGAUCUCCAAGACGGCAUAGAUCCACAUCUCCUUCCCCUUCUCGACUGAAAGAAAGAAGAGAUGAGGAAAAGAAAGAAACUAAAGAAACCAAGAGUAAAGAACGUCAGAUUACUGAGGAAGACUUAGAGGGCAAAACAGAGGAAGAAAUAGAAAUGAUGAAGUUAAUGGGAUUUGCUUCCUUUGAUUCCACAAAAGGAAAGAAGGUGGAUGGCUCUGUAAAUGCCUAUGCCAUAAAUGUGUCUCAGAAGAGAAAGUACAGGCAGUACAUGAAUCGAAAAGGUGGAUUCAACAGACCUUUGGAUUUCAUUGCAUGAGGCUUGAAAUGUUGAAGAAUGAUUUUUUUCCCCUCAUCUUGGUCAGAGAAUGAAUUUUAUAUUUUGUUAAUUUGUAUGCAUCAAAACCAGGAUCCCAGUUCUUCUCCUUACAAAGUAAGAAAAUCUUAUUUAUGAUGUGUGCAGUUCACUUACCUUGCCUCAAAAGAAAAAAGGUUAAAUAUACACUUUUGUCUUUUAGGAAAUAUCAUUUGUGGCAGUCAUCAACCCCAUUUUGUUUGUCCUUAUUCCUGUGGAAGUUGUAUAUGUUUUCUUCUUGGAUACUCAUUAGGACUUUUUGAAAAACAUGAAAGUAAUUUGGAUGUAAGUUCUCCAAUAAAGCAAUAUUUCUAACCUUUUA